AUGCUGCUGGCGGACUCUAGCGAAGGCGCAGUCGGUCGUGCGAUGAUGGACGCGGCCUCGCUGUCUUCCAAGGAACUGGGUAAAGCCCGGUCACGCUGCCGUGCAUGGGUGCUGCGAUUGACGAAGCACCUCUCUCCUCUCAGUGACUACGUCGCGGGGCCUGAUGCUGCGGAGCCGCUGGGAUUGGUUGCGUUGAAUGCAGGUGUACAGGCGGGCGUUAGCCCAUUUGCGCUGCGCCAGGCUCUUCUUGCACACACAGGCCUGCCCGAUGACGCGCUAACCGUGUACUUUAGCUCGCUGCUCCCGUUCGCCCUAGUUUUUCCAAGGACCUCCGCAAAGGCGUUGAUGCCACUUGUAAUCGCCGCCUCGGAAAUGGAAAUUGCGGUUGAAAUUGCCGCCGGAACUGUGUUCGUGAUGCGUGCGCCAAACUUAUGGACCGCUGGGUCCUCCCCCAGUGGUGGGCUCUCACUUCUGUACCUGCUUUGUUGCAGGGCGGAUGCGGUGCUGAAUGCACUGCGCCAUGUUUUCCAGCCGCCCACAAUAGGCGUGGAUGCAACGCUGUUUCGUGAACCAUCACCGCCACCGCCGGCUGAAGCGGCGUCGACGGUGCGGCGACUUCCCUGUGAACCUGCCAGCGAGGUGCCGGGCGUAUACCUUGUAAGGGACUUUAUUACGCAGCGGGAGCAUGAUGCGAUCUGGGCUGAGCUAACAGGACCCGCGGGGGUGGCGCUGGAAUUGGAGACGCUUGCCCGUCGCAAGGUUGCUCACUUCAACAGAAAGUUUUACUACGGGGUAAACCAACUUGGGGCGGAAGGGGAGUUGGUGAAUGCAAGACCAGCCUUCUAUGAGUGGAUGCAGCGACGUCUACAGAACGAGGAUCCAGCGUGCAAGCUCCAGGGCUAUCCUGCUGUGGCUCAGGCACUCCCCUGUGAUCAACUGACGGUUAACUUUUAUAAUUAUUCGGGCGAGGACGCGGAGGCCCCAGGCAUUGCACAUCACGUGGAUGCCCACUCAGCGUUUAUGGACUGUGUGUUUAUUGUCUCCCUGGGCUCCCACACGGUUUUGGAAUACAGUCGACACGACUUACCACCGGAAGUUGCGGCGCCUGUUGGUAUUUUUGCGGCGCCGAGAAGUCUGCUGCUUAUGACGGGAGAGGCACGCUAUUCUUGGACGCAUGGCAUCGCCGAGAAGCGGGUGGAUAUAGUUAGCGAUCGCAUUCCGCCGUUGCGGCGCGGAGACCGUGUGAGCCUUACGUGGCGCCGUGGCCGUGAGGCUCCGCACCGCCGCGUUGACUGCGUUUGUAAGGACUUGUGUGAUGGUGAGUAA